ACGUCCUCGCUGCUCCUCGCGCCGCCCUCGCCGCGGCUCGCUCUCCCCCCGGCGCCUCUUCGUUCUCCCCCAGCCCGGCCAGGCGUUUCUCUUCGCCCAGCCCGCAUCAAUCGCCGUCCAGACCGCACCUGCCUCUGCCAUAACCGCCGCCAUGGGUGAAUCUCGCACCGAACUCAUCGCCUGGGUCAACGACCUCACACAGCUGGGCAUCUCCAAGAUCGAACAAUGUGGAACAGGCGCCGUCCACUGCCAAAUCGUCGACUCGAUCUACCGUGAUGUUCCGCUGUCCAAGGUCAAGUUCAACGCCAAGCACGAGUAUGAGUAUGUCAGCAACUUCAAGAUCCUCCAGGGUGCCUUUGACAAGCACAAGAUCGAGAACUCCAUUCCUGUCGAGCGUCUGCAGAGAUGCAAGUUCCAGGACAAUCUAGAGUUCCUGCAGUGGAUGAAAAAAUACUGGGACCAGUACUAUCCCGGCGGAACUUACGAUGCCGUCGCCCGCCGCAAGGGCGCUGACAUUGGAGCCAAGCCCGCUGCCGGCACCGCAUCGACCCGAAGCGCCACUUCAUCAACCUCGAACCUCAAGAAGACCCCAUCUGUCCCCUCUGUCGCCACGUCCACAAACCGGCUAGCUGCUGCCGCUGCUGCUUCCAAGCGGCCGGCUGCCACGAGCCGUGCCCCCGCCGGCAUGGCUUCGAGCCCAAGCCAGUGGGAGGCCGAAAAGCAAGAGCUCGAGCAAGAGUACAACCGCAUGGUCCAGGACCUGACCCAGCAGGUCUUGGAGCUCAAGGUUACCGUUGAGCAGGUCGAGAAGGAGCGCGAGUUUUACUUUGGCAAGCUGCGCGAGAUCGAGGUCUAUGUCCAGCAGCUUCUGGAUAACGGCUCGACUGCUCCCCCCAUGUCCAUCCUCCAGGAGAUCCAAGGAAUCAUGUACAAGACCGAGGACGGUUUUGAAGUCCCUGAGGGUGCCGAGUACGAGGAGGAAACCUACUAAAGCCCACGCCCAUGCACAAGAAUCGGACGGAGCAUAUUGUAGAUCCUCCAGGCGGCGACAGCCUCUCCGGCUCCGUCGAGUUUUCACUUUGCCUCCCUGUUGUUUUCAGCGUGCUUUGCGAGCAAAUACAUCGAUCUACCGACCCA